AUGGUGCGUAGCGAUAAUGGUAUGGAGUUCAUGUGCUUGUCUACGCAAUUUUGGGAACAAGGUGUUCUCCAUCAAACUUCUUGUGUUGCAUUGCUAUUUCAAGCCCGUUUGCCAAUCAAGUUUUGGGGCGAAGCGGUUCUUACUACGGCUUACCUGAUCAAUCGCACACCAUCCUCAAUACACAAAGGUGUUUCACCGUACGAGAUUCUUCACGGUUGCAAGCCGGCUUAUGAUCAAUUGCGAGUGUUUGGUUCUGCUUGUUAUGUGCAUCGCACUUCUCGGGAUAAGAUAAAUUUGGGGAACGUUGUCGUCUUUGUAUCUUUGUUGGCUAUGCUCUUGGAAAGAAAGGGUGGAAGGUUUACGACAUUGAGAACAAUGUUUUUUUCCGUCUCACGUGAUGUUGUCUUUCAAGAAACGGUUUUUCCGUAUGCUGAUCAUACGGAAACCUUGUCAUCUAUUCCUCCGGUCUCUAGUGACCUUGAUGGCGAUUGGAUUCUUCCCUCGGAUACUCGCGUAAGGGGAAGUCCAACUGCGGUUGCUCUUCCACCGGAUACUCCCUUAAGGGGGAAUCUCCACGAUGCAGUUGUUGUUCCAGUGGCUCUGGUUGUACCCUUGCCACCCUCUGUUUCCUCGUCACCUGUGUCUUCGCUGUCUCCGGCUGCGAAUGUUAUUCCACCUCCAGUUGUUGUUUCAGUUACCGAGCCUCCUGCACCUGUUCCUCUCCGUCAUAGUGAACGUGUAUGCAAAGAUAAUGUUCGGUUGAGUGAUUAUGUUGUUAAUCAUCAUGUGUUGUCUCCGUCUACGGAUACCCAUCACGCUCCACCUGCUCAACCUCUCGAGUCUCUUCCAACGGUCCAAGGUAUGUCUUUUUUCUCCUUGACGGAUUAUGUCUUUGAUGAGCAAUUCUCUCCAGGGCAUCGGACAUUCUUAGCCACCAUAACACAAACUAAGGAACCGAAAAACUUUAAAGAGGCAAUACACAUCAAAGUGUAG